AUGUCUGACGAGUCGUCCCCUCGCGCCGUCCGCUUCUCACACGGGGAGGCCGACAUGGUGCAGGACAAGCUCAAGAAUGCGCGGCCCACUGUAGCCACAAACGAUUCAGACGCCUCGGCUUCCUCUGAGGACUACGGCCAUGAUCCUCACGAGCUUGAGCGCCAGGACGAGCUCGGUGAUCUCGCCCCGUACGGCGAUGGGAGUCUCGCCUCGUCCAUGGCCUCCCUCGCCCCCAACUCAGUGGCCAACACAGGCGGCCGCCAGCGCGCGCAAACACCAUCAGACAGCGUUUCCGCCGGCGUCAACGGCACCAAAGGACGACCACUGGUCACUCGCACGCCCUCAGGUACAUACGCUCCACAACGUGUACCCCGCUCCCAGCCCUCCUUCAUCAGCACCAGCACAAGAUCUGGCUCGAGGCCUCGCCGGAGCGACCCGGCCGACAAGUUCCGCGACCAGGAACCAGCAUACUUGCGCAUGAUCCGUCAGGAUCAACGGCCAAACGGCUACUUCGACCCUACGACCCCAAGCGUCGACUAUUCCGACGAGGAAUCAGAAGGAGAGACUCCGUCGUCGGACGUAUUUGACGAUAGGUUCAACGAUGAAACGACUUUGUUCCAGAACAUGAUCGACGAUACGCAGCCUACUGAAGAAGACAUUCGUGAUGCUGGCAACAGAGAGCGUUUGGAAUGGCACGGCAUGCUCGCAGCAGUAUUGACGGGAGACGUUGUGCGGCAGGAGAAAAAGCGUCUCAUCGGCUCAUCGGAUCAACAAGGUGGCAAGAAUGCCCACAAGGCCGAGUUGUGGCUGGGUGUCCGCGCGAAGCUUACGGGUCGUACCUUGGCGCUACAAAGACGCAUCGUCGAGGAGGGUCGAGCCAACCUCGACCGCACCAUCGAUGAGAUAAUUCGCUUCGAGGUACAAGGCGAAAGCGAAGCGGGGAAACCCCCCAUUGAGCAGAUCCGAGAUGUCGUGUCCAAGAUCGAAAAGCUUGAGAGCAUGUAUCCAUCUUGGCAGGCGCUAGGCAGUGUCCACAAGACAGCCACCUCGCAGUCCUUCCAAGAAGCCUACGAUGCGGUCAUGUCCUGGUAUAACACCAACGAACUCAUCAACGCCGAACUGGAUAUCCUCAAGAAGUGGGUGGGUAAUGAUGAUCUCGACUUCCAGCAGACGAAACAAAGGUCGCCGAGCACCAACGGGUUGAGCGAUGAGACUUCCUUCAUUGACCGAUUGCUCAAGGAGGAUGGGCUCAAAUCACUCCACGAUGACGACGAAUCAGCACAAAGGGAAAUAGCCAUCAAGACCAAGUCCCUGAUUCGGAAAAGUAUGCUUUCCGUCAUCUCCACCACAAUAGCCAAGGCCAAGGAGACCUUGAUUAUGAACUCGGCUGCUUUCCUGAAACGGCAUCUCCCGCCGUACAUCGAGGAGAUCCUGACACUGAUCAGCUUCCCUUCGCGACUCAUCGAGGAGGUUAUUCGUGUUCGGCUGGCAUACGCGAGAAAGAUGAAGGAGACCACCCAACAGAAUCUCAUUUUACAAGACCAGAUGAUCGGCCAAUUCCAGCUAUUACUGAAGCUCGCCAUCAGAAUCAAGCAAGAAUACCUUGCCGUGUCGCUUCCUCAACCAGGCUGGCAGCUGCCGCCCGUUAUUGACGACUCUUUCGAUCAAGUGGUCUUGGAGGCCCUUCGUUACUACUUCAAAAUGCUGAACUGGAAACUCAGCCGCAACAAGAACACAUUCAAGGAGGCAGAAGUUCUGUUCCAGGAAUGGGACUUUGCGAACGAGAUUGGUCGUCACCUUCAAGGUGGUGAUAUUGAGGUCGCCGAACAGUUUAGCAACCUCACAUACAAGGCCCUGAACCGCCUCAGCCAGACUUUUGAGCGGGAGCUGCAGCGAAAACCAAAGGAGAGUGCUACGGAUAUGAGCAAGCGGUACAUGCAGGUUCUGGACUCUGUUCGUGUCAGGCAACGAAUGCUUCAACGGUUUUCCAGGAUGUUGAACGAUCACUACGAAAACGCCACCGACCUCAGCAUCGCACUUGAUGCCGAAAAUCUCAGUCACUUUUAUGAGCGACUUUUUGCUAAUGGCCAUUUCCUCGUCGACGAGAUUGACGGCAUCCAGAUUGUCGCAUCGCCAAGCUUGAUUGGACGCGACGAAGAGAUCCCAGGCAUCCUCCGGAACUGCUUCCACGAGCAGAUCUCGGAUGACCCGACCGAUCCUUACAUCCUCAUUCUUCGACCAGAAAUGCAACUUCACUGGUUUGGUAACAGACGUGAGCAGCCACUCGACAUUGGUACCAUUGACCUCAAGCUCGGACAGAUGCGUCUGAUUGCCGAUGGCACACAACAUCGAGUUGCGAGCGCCCGCAAAGCGUUAUUAGACAGCUUGGAGAUGCACCUUGAUCUGAUUGUUGAGGUGCGAUCCAACUUGCACAAAGUCAAUACCCGGCUUAUGGAGCUGCGGAAGGUCGCGUUCAAGCUGUCCAAUACGUUCAUGGACAGUGUUGGCGUCAUCCGGAUGCAAACACAAGGAUUGGAGUGCCAAGAUCUCAUCCAGACAUGCUUCGUCUUCGCGACCGAGUUUGGUCAACGAUCGCAUCUAUAUAUGGACAGCAAUCGGCGACAAAUGAACAACAUGAAGCUCAUCAAGCUCGGACUGGAAUGGGUCAGCUUCAUUUGCGAUGACUGUCGCGUCUCGGAUCGUAAGUCGUUCCGCUGGGCGGUUCCUGCCUUGGAAUUCACCAUGACGAUGACCCGUGGUCGCCACGUCCUGGGCUUGGGCGACGAUGAGUAUGCUCAGCUGCGUGCCAAAGUGUCUGGCUGCAUGUCUUUGCUCAUCUCUCACUUCGAUAUCCUCGGCGCGAAGUCAAAUCAAGCGGCGCAGUCAGAGCGAGAACGAAUUGAGGCGCUGGUAGGACAAUUCAAGCGCUUCGACCAGAAUCGUUUGCUCGAUGACAACGAGGCCGCCAAGUACAUUAGCGAGCAACGUCUGAACAGAAUAGAGGAGCUCGACGAGCUUCAGAGGCAGACUAUUGCCGAGAGACAAGGACUCGGCCGUGUCCUGGAGGUGUCUAAUGAAGUCGACAGGUCACUCGCGUAUCUGUCCUCCUCUGCCACGAACGUCACGAUGCGGUGGCAGCAAGGCCAUUUUGUUGGUGGCGGCACAUUUGGCAACGUCUAUGCGGCCAUGAACCUGGACACGGGCCAUCUCAUGGCUGUCAAGGAGAUUCGACUUCAAGACCCAAAAUUGAUUCCACAGAUCGCUACUCAGAUCAAGGAUGAGAUGGGAGUGCUGGAAGUUCUGGAUCACCCAAAUGUGGUCUCAUAUUACGGCAUCGAGGUCCACCGCGACCGGGUCUACAUCUUCAUGGAGUUCUGCUCGGGUGGCUCACUGGCCAAUCUGUUGGAGCACGGGCGUAUCGAGGAUGAGCAAGUUAUCAUGGUUUAUGCAUUGCAACUUCUUGAAGGUCUUGCCUACCUUCAUGAAAGUGGCAUUGCUCAUCGCGAUAUCAAGCCAGAAAACGUCCUCCUCGACCACAAUGGUGUCAUCAAGUACGUCGACUUUGGCGCCGCCAAGGUCAUCGCCAGGCAAGGCAAAACGCUUGUGCAUGGUGGCUCACAGCCGAAUCGUUCCAUGACUGGUACUCCGAUGUAUAUGUCCCCAGAGGUCAUCACGGGAGAGAACCCAGGUCGAGCUGGCGCAGUUGACGUAUGGUCCCUCGGCUGCGUCAUUCUCGAGAUGGCCACUGGUCGGCGGCCUUGGUCAAACCUAGACAACGAGUGGGCCAUUAUGUAUAACAUUGCACAAGGCAACCCGCCACAGCUGCCCAGCACGGAUCAGCUCAGCGAGCAGGGUAUCGACUUCCUCGACCGAUGCUUCACCAGAGACCCUAAGCACAGAGCUAGCGCCGUCGAGCUGCUCCAGCACGAGUGGAUCAUGGCCAUCCGCAGUCAAGUCGUCGAGCCGUCAACCCCAAGUGAUAGCACUGGCAGCUCGCAGAGCACGCCU